UCCAGAUUGACAGAAAUGUUAUAUAAAACAUUUUGAGUCCUUAGUUCUUUAAUCGCAUUGGAAUCUUAAACUUUAUUUUGUCUUUUCGUUCCAGACUGCUGAAUGGCUGUUGAGAACUUAGCGAUAGUAGCGGCGGACGGGGCGCCGUCGCUGGCGCGCGAGGCCGUGCAGCCGCACCUGGCCACCUUGCGCUGGUGCGGCUUCUGCCGGCUGAGUCCGCGCCGCGCCGCGCACGACCUCUACUGCUGGUUCGCGCUCCUCGUCACAACAACUUACCUUCUGCAGGAAUGCGUUUACGCUUAUCAGGAGCGGGACGACAUGGACAAGCUGGCUCGCGUGAUGUUCCUGCUUCUGUGUCAUGUGACCUCCAUCGUUAAGCAGAUUGUGUUCCAUACAAAAGCGCAUCGUAUCGAUCUCAUGGUCAUUAGUUUCGAUGAGCCAGCUCACGGCGGCGCGGCGCCGGCGGAGUGGCGGCGCGCGCUGCUCGAGCACACGGCGCGCAGCAUGGCUCGUCUGCAGCGCGCGUACGCCGGCACCGCUGUCCUCACCUGCACGCUCUGGAUCGUCUUCCCCAUCAUGUAUUACAUGCGAGGGCAAAACGUAGAGUUUCCCUUCUGGACCGGAGUUGACUACUCGCAUUUAGGAAAGUUCUCGCUGGUGCUGGUGUACUCGUACUACGUGACGACGCUGGUCGGCAUCGCCAACACCACCAUGGACGCGUUCGUCGCCACCGUGCUCUUCCAGUGUAAGACGCAGCUCUCCAUUCUGCGGGCUAACUUUGAAACUCUUUCUGAGAGAGCAGUGGAGAAGUCAUACAACAGAGAGCAGUAUGAUUUCAUUUUGAACCAGCUGUUUUUGGAAUGCUUGGAUCAUUACAAAAAGAUAACAGUAAUACUCAGCCUGCUGCAGGAUAUUUUUGGAAGUGCCAUCCUCAUUCAGUUCGGGAUUGGAGGCUGGAUCCUGUGUAUGGCGGCCUACAAGCUCGUCAGCCUGAACGUUCUGAGCGUGGAGUUCGCGUCGAUGACUCUGUUCAUCACGUGCAUACUUACGGAACUGUUUCUCUACUGUUACUAUGGCAACGAGGUGCAGGUCGAAAGCGACAAGCUGAUGGAGUCGAUGUACCGAAGCGGGUGGCUGGGCGCCGGGCUGCGCUUCCAGCGCGCGCUGCUGCUGGCCAUGGAGCGCGCCAAGCGGCCGCUGCGCCCCGCCGCCGGCCUCAUCAUCCCGCUCUCGUUGGACACCUUCGUCAAGAUUUUGAAGUCUUCAUACACGUUUUAUGCCGUGCUGCGACAAACAAAAUAAGUACUUACUACUUCUCAAUGAAAUUAGAAUCACUACAGCUUAUAAAAUUGAGUAAAAUAUUAUUUAUUAUUUAAUUCCGCUCCAGAUUCCUCCACAAAUACAUAGUUUAGAUACAAUAAUAGUAACAGUGAAAUAAACAGUAUCGUGCUGCUUCGUAGUAAAUGAUAUUUUAAUUUUAUUUGUGUAUUAAUGUAUUUGAGUACAUUAUUCUCAAACAAAGCUCGUAAACGGCAAAUUAAAUUCAAGGAGAGCAAUAUAAAGCGCGCGGGACAGUGUCGUGGCGCUAUAACGAGCCGCUGACAACAAUUCAAUUUUGUUCGCCGCCUCCUCCGUUUGAAUUUAUUACGAAUAUCAUUUUCAUUCAUUAGAAUAUCAUUCGAUUCGCGGCCGCUGGUCGCGUCCACUCCUCAUCCUAUUUACAUUCCAGUCGCUUUACAUACAAUAAAAUGUUUAUGUUUACCUAGAAAGUGAAAAGCUAUAUAAUUAAUAUCAAAAGUUGCUCUCUAGUCAUUACAUUUCCUACACUUGCGUUUUUUCUCUUGUCUGGGCAUGUUCCUGAUUUUGUACAAGUGCAUUUUUAUGUAAUAUGAUUUCAAAAUAUAAUUCGUAAUAUUUAAUUUUGGUAAAGGUUACAGUAAAUAAUAAGGCCUUGUGACGGGAGAGCUGUUCACAUAUCGUUACACGAAAUCAGCGUGUAACCGUAGGCCACCGCUGCAUAGCCUGCCGCUCGGCUCUUAGCCGCUGGUCUGAGAGCCGGCGCCGGCUCUCGAAUCCCUCGAUCACUAAUUGGACCGCGCGGCCGCAGAGAUCUCCAAAGAUACGAGUCAACACGACGUGCACAAGAUGUCCUCGAUAUUAUUCGCAUCUAGUUCUGAAUAGCUUCUCAUGAUUGAAAAGUGAAAUUAUUGACAAAUCGAAGUUCGGGGGAAAUCAAAUUCGGUUAAGUCGUUUUUGAAAUAUUUGCAAUUUUGUAAAAAAAAGUAUUGUGUUCGCGAGGUCUAAGUUCGCCUGAUUCUAUAUUAAAGCAGAAUUAGAUUACUCUUACUUAUUUAUAAUAUUUGUAUGUAUCUAUGUAUAUAUUUAUGUUUGUAUUAUUAUUUUUUCAUCUAUUGCUUUAGUCUUUCUGUUUCUCCCGAAGGUUGACUGCUGAAGAAUGCUUUCAGCGUUAAGUCCGCCAUUGUACCAAUUUUGGUAAAUAAAGUUUGAAUAAAUAAAUAGAAAAUAUUGAACUUACAAUAACAUACGUUAGGUAAUGUAGUUACAAAUUUUCACAGACGAAUAAAUGUAAGCUCAAAGGUAUGUAUAAUGCAAUGCAAUAGAAAUAUAAGACACUUUAUUCAUUGAGAAGCCAGAGAUCGAUCCGCAAUGAAAUUGAUCUGGGGCGAUGGCGAGAACUGGCGACGUCAAUCAAAGCGCCGGCUCGCGACAUUUUACUUUUACUGUUUAAAAAUGUACGAAGUGUCGUAGUACCCUUUGUUCAUUUGGUUAUGUCCACAGCUUAGAGUUAUAAAAACGCUAUACAAACAUCCUCACAAAAUUUCGCAUUUAUAAUAUUAGCUAAUAUUGUGUGUUCAUGUGUUGUUUUAAAUAUAUGGUUACCAUGUAUUUAGGACUAGACUGGAAUGUACCUAGCAUUUAGAACAAUAAUAUUCUUCACUCACCCUAGAUUAAUAACGAUUUUCGUACUACAUUUAAUACAAAUCAUGUAAAGAGUUCAGCUACAGUUAAGUAAUCAUCUAUAACAAACCUAUAACAAACAAGCCGUUUUGUUGUGAAUUUAAUAAUUAUGAAGUUACCAGAUUUGACUUUUUAUGUUUGUAUUCUUUAAUUUUACUA